AUGGCCAAAUGCUACUCCGACUGGCCUCCCCUCCCCCCUCUCCAUCCAUCGAGAAGAUCGUCGCCCAACACCUCCCUCUGCACGAUCAAGCGGCAGCUCGCGUCCUUCGUCCUGCACUGCUCCCGCUCCUGCGCUUCCCCCGUUCUUGAGCCCAAGAAUUUGCCCGGGGAGCUCCAUGUUCUUUCCGCUCCGGCGUCGCCGGCCAAGGCGGCGCCGGUGCCUACGCUUCCGGAUGCUGCGAAGCUCGGCAUCUCCAACAAGUUCAUCCGGGGCCUCUACCGCGCCGUGAUGGCGGCGUUCGGGGCGCUGGGCGAGCCGGACACGGUGGCCUCGCUGUUCAAGCAGUACAGGUCUCGGAAAUGGUACCCCUCCGAGACCUGCCUCGAGACGUACACCAUCGCCUGCGACGCGCUGGGGCGGGCAGGCAGAGCCCUGGACGCGCUCAAGUGCCUGCGGGAGAUGGAGGCAGACGGCAUCUCGCCGGACGCCGCGAUCUACUCCACGGUCAUCGGCUCUCUGGCGGACGCCCGAGAGACGGCGUCGUCGGAGGACGUGUACCACGAGGCAUGGAAGAAGGGGAUGCUGCGAGAUCCAGACAUGUUCCUGAAGGUGAUCAUCAUGCAAGUCGAGACCGGGCUACUGGAGGACACGCUCGGCGUGGCCAAGGACAUGAGGGAGAUCGGCCUGAGGGUCACCGACUGCGUCAUGUCCACAAUCGUCAACGGCUUCGUGAAGAGGAGAGGCCUCAAGCCAGCCAUCAGAGCGUAUGACAAGCUGGUCGCCAUGGGGUGCGAGCCCGGCCAGGUCACGUACGCGUCGGCGAUCAACGUGUACUGCCGGCUGGGGCGGAGCGACAGGGCGGAGUCCGUCUUCUCGGAGAUGAUCGACCGGGGCUUCGACAAGUGCGUGGUGGCGUACGGCAACAUGAUCUCCAUGUACGGGCAGAUCAGGAGGGCCUCGGACGCCACGAGGCUGCUGGCGCUGAUGAAGCAGAAGGGGUGCGAACCCAACGUGUGGGUGUACAACUCGCUCCUGGACAUGCGCGGCAAGCUCGGGGACUCGAGGCAGGCCGAGAAGAUCUGGAAGGAGAUGAUGCGGCGCAAGGUGCAGCCCGACCGGGUGAGCUACACGGCCAUCGUCGGCGCGUUCAACCGGUCGGGGGAGCUGGACCGGUGCAUGGACUACUACCAGGAGUUCAGGGAGACGGGAGGGACGGUGGACAAGACCCUGGCCGGCCUCAUGGUGGGGGUGUUCUGCAAGACCAGCCGGUUCAACGACCUCAUCCAGCUGCUGAGGGACAUGAAGCUGCAGGACACCAAGCUGGACAGGAGGCUGUACAUGAUCGUCCUCAACAGCCUCCGAGAAGCCGGGCUGGAGGUUCAUGUCAGGUGGCUCCAGGAUUACUUCAAUUCCGUGGAGGAGAAAACCUGA